ACUAAACGAGUCGUUCCGCCGUACCUUCCGGCUCACAGCACUGAUUCCCGUUCGUCAGCGAGCCCCUUGCCCACAUUCACCCGCGUUAGUGGCCGACUUUAACUAAAGAAGAAACAGUUUGCGGCCUUUUUGGCGACGUCUGAGGAGCGGCGCCGUCUAUAAACUGGACGUUUUAAGCGGAUGUAGAUUAACGUUAGCUGCAGCUGAAAGUCAAGAUGACUGCGGAGGAAAGUGGUGAGUUCACGUACAUAAAGCAGCUCUCGCUCCAUCCGUCAGCAUGAACUCUGAUAACGACGUGCUGAUGAAGGAGUACAUCAAGAUGAUGACUGAUAUGAUCGUGCUGUGUGCCACUCUGGCACUGUCCCUCUUCUUCUGGGUCACCUCUCUCACCAUCAGCACCUACUACGGGACGCUGCAGCCUGUGUCGCCGUGGCGGUGGUUGUUCUCCAUCCUGGUUCCCCUCAUGCUGACGCUCAGAGCGCUGAAGAGACGCAGUCUGGCCCGCUCGGGAGCCCUCGGAGCUCUCCUGGUGGGAUUCGUGUUGACGAUGGCCAACUACAGCUUCUUCUCCUCCCUGCUCGCCUUCUUCAUCACCUCCUCCAAACUGACGCGCUGGGGGGGAGCCAAGAAAAGGAAAAUAGACGCCGAGUACAAAGAAGGGGGGCAGAGGAACUGGGUUCAGGUCUUCUGUAAUGGAGGAGUUCCCACAGAGCUGGCUCUGCUGUACAUGAUAGAGGUGGGUCCGGGCGAGAUGCCCAUUGACUUCAGUAAACAGUACUCCGCCUCCUGGAUGUGCCUUUCUCUUCUGGGCGCGCUCGCCUGCAGCACCGGGGACACCUGGGCAUCGGAGGUGGGCCCCGUCCUCAGCCAAUCGCAGCCCAGACUCAUCACCACCUGGAAGGAAGUCCCAGCAGGAACAAACGGAGGAGUCACUACCGUCGGAUUGGUCGCCAGCUUCCUCGGCGGGCUCAUGGUGGGCGCCGCUUACUUUGUGACGCAGCUCCUGACCGUCAGCGACCUGCACAUGGCGGACCCGCAGUGGCCCAUCGUGGUGUACGGCGGCAUGGCGGGGCUGCUGGGAUCCAUGCUGGACUCGUUCCUGGGAGCUCACAUGCAGUACUCAGGCUUUGACUCGAGCAUCGGGAAGGUCGUGUGUUACGAGUCCGCCACCACCCAACGGAUCUCCGGGAAACCGAUCUUAGACAACAAUGCGGUCAACCUGUUCUCGUCCGUGCUCGUGGCGCUCGUCCUGCCCGGGCUGGCGUGGGGGAUGUGGCCGCGAUAGACAGACGAUGGAUAAACACUGAGCGCUAAAGAAUCUGAUCUGAGACGGAUUUAUGAGACAUUUGAGUCUCUGUUGGUCUGAAUAUUGGAUAAAAACGCUGCCUGCAUUAUCGCUUUGAGAGCCUCUGAUCGUGAUAAAAACUCUUUGGAAGAGGAAAAUAAAUACUGACUAAUGAAAACCUUUAGCAGUGUUUUCAUACCUCAACACCGAUCACUGACUGGAAGUCACUGCCCUGAUAGAUCAGAUAGUUAAUAACGCAAUGGUUUGAGGGAUUAGUAAGUAGUAAUCGACUGAUAUUGAGCAAAAUUAUAAAAAUUAUAUAAUAAUUAUAUAUACGAAAUUCACUGCCACAUCUCAGACCAGAACAAAAAGGUGCCACAGCCAACCGGACUACCCUGACAAAACCAGUAAUUUUACCUUACAGGUUAUUGUAAAACUCCCUUUAAAACCAAAGCUGCUUUGGUCUAAAUCAACCUUUAAUUCAUAGAGUUAGAUGGUCAAAUAUCUGUGUAAAGUACGUCUUGUAACUGUGUUUGUUUUUACCGCCGACAGCAUUAAGGAAACGAUCCCGGCAGAGGUCAACCUUUUGUUUAACCAGAAACUUCAUUAUCACUCUCCACCAGACUCCAUAGACAAAAACGGUCAUUUUACUUGCAUACUUUACAUAUCAUCGUAACUUCAUUCAAAGUGGACAGAAACAGAAUACAACUCAUUAAAACUGUCUCUGUUAGUGUUUCCAACAAUCAGCAACUCUGGUUUGGUGGAAAUAAAUCCUGAAUUCACCGACGUAGAUGAUAAAAGCAACUUAAAACAUGCAAAGCGAACACGAAAAGACACUAAUUUUCUAAAACGGCUGCAGCAGUUUCGGGCAGAUUUGAUUCACACGAACCCUUACAGCUACACGGACGUGGGAAAAAAGUGUUAUUAAAAGUGAAGUGAUUUUGUUCUGUAUUUUUGAACUCGUUUGUUGAACGUGACGUCCACAGUGCUCCAGAUGAGCACCAUCAGCGUGUGAAUGUGUGUGAAUGCAGCCUGUUGUAAAAGCGUGUCGAGAGCUCGGUAGACUAGAAAAGUUCAAUAUAAAUGUUGUUUUUAUGCAUCGAGGGCAGAUUUCACCCUAAUUUAUACAAUCUCAUGCUUCUGAUGAGCCUGCUUCGAGGUUUUCUCCUCUUCAUGGUACAGAUUUACAUUCACAGUCAAUCGUGUUUAAAAACUGCCUUUAAACUGGUCCUACUUUUAAAGAUGUGUUUUGUCUGUCAAACUGUGUGAGUCAGUCAGAGGAAGAUUAAAGGAGUUUUUAACCACUUGUAUCACUCUUAUCUCUUUGUUUCUAAAUCUCUAAAUCUCUGUAUCUGCAGGGUUCGUACAGCUUUGUAAGAGUAAAAUUAAAGCACUUUGAAGGAA